AUGGAAACACAGAUCAUCAACCCCAUGUGCAACUUCACCCCUCCCUGCAGGAGACUAAAUAAAAAAGCGGUGAAGACUUUGGGGAAAGUAAAAGCUCCCAAUAAAGGACUAAUCAUGAUGCUGGUAGCUGGAUUGCUGUUUUUCAUGCUCUUCUCACUGCAGUUCUCUCAGGCCAGUCCUAUACAGACUACGACCCGGAGCGUGCAGGAAUCUUCUGCCCUUGAUGUUUCCAUCCAGGCCUCCUCAUCUGGCCACACAAGAGAAGAAUCAAAACAAAAUAGUGCAAAUCCACAACAGAGAAGCUCCAUCACCCAGAGGUCAGGUCUCCAGAGGCCCACAUACAAGGACUUCCCCUCCCUAAAAUGGGUCAGGUGGUCAGGCACACCACCCAGGUGGGCGGUGAGGGUGAAAAAUGAGUGUACCAAGAGGUUUGACUACGUAUGUGCUCCGUUGACAGGGUGCAACUGGGCAGCCGGCUACUACAACACCGGCAGAGAAGCCCUAUGCCAUAGCCCAUGUGGAGGGAAAGAGCAAAUAAGCCCCACGUUUGAUGUGUUGGUAAAUGAAAACAAUGCAGUGCAUUUAGAGUGGCAAAACGUGACUGUUGACCCAUACCCACUCAACGCGGUUCAUGCUUCAGCAAUGGAAAAUGCUGUUGGAAAAAGCCCACAUGGUGUGGGGACCUUUCAUAUACCAUCAAAAAGGUUCUUUGUUCCAUGGAAAGGUCUUGAAGUGAUACUUCAAGAAGGUUUUGAAGUGCUGGUGAUGACAGGCGGAUAUUCCCAGCAAAUCUAUGACGUAAAAUACCACAUGGAAGGGAUGACUAUAGUCUCCAAGACCUCAGUCAUCGUAACAUCGAUAUCUGUUGCCAACAACGGCAAUGCCAUCCUGAAGGAAAGUGUGAAUUUGAGUAAGAGCGUUCAACAGCACAGCACUUGGCAGACGAGUGAUUCGGACCCUCUGUCCAUCUCGUCCUCCAUCAGAGCUUCGGUUCCCUUCUUUGCUGCUACCACUGGCCUCACGUACGAGAAAACCUUCCCUAACAUGAAGGGCAACUCUGUCACCGAGACAGACACUCACUCGCUGACCCUUGAGAUUGACGUCCCUCCCAGACACAUCUGCCGGGUGAAAAUGGUUGGGGAGCAGUACAAAGUGAGCAUCCCCUUCACUGCCAAGCAGGUCAGGGUCUAUGACAACGGCGAUGAAAGAAGAACCGUGAUCACCGGUGUCUACCACGGCACUCAGGUCGGUGAGAUCAAAGCCGUGGCUGAAAGCUGUGUGCUGAUUGAUGGAGAACAUCACCUCUAA